GCCCGCCGAAUGACCUGAACCGAUCCGCGGAACGGUUUAUUCGUUCAAUUCGCUUUCAGCUUUUCAAGCUGCAAGCCGUACUUUUUCCUGUUCCUUUUUUCGUUCACAGUUUUCUGUCUUUAGUUUAAUUGUCGAUAAAACUGUGUGCUUUUGUGUUAAAUGUGCCUGGUCGAGCACCAGCUGCCCCCCAGUGAGACACGGAUUCGGUCAGAGGGCCGGAAAAUGACCGCCGAUUGGCAAGGAUUCACCCUAACCUCGCCGACACGCGCUCGCCCUUCCAGUGACUCCAGUAUUGAUCCCGGAAGUGGCAAACACCACCACCAUCACCACCGAAACGAUCCAAACGAUGGACCUGCAUCCUGUCGAGCUGUUGCGCGCCACAUGGCCAUCGCGCUGCUCUGGCUUCUUGUCCUUUGCGGUGCAACUGCUGCCGGCACGCCGGGAUCAGAGGACACGCGGUGCGAUGCGGGUCAAUUCCAGUGCAGAGACGGCGGCUGCAUCUUACAGGCGAAGAUGUGCGACGGACGCGGAGACUGCAAGGACGGCACGGAUGAAUUGGAAUGCGACUACCUACUGUGCCGAUUGCCACAUUGGUUCCCGUGUGCCCAGCCACACGGAGCCUGCCUGGCAGCGGAACUAAUGUGCAACGGCAUCUACAACUGUCCCGGCGGCGAGGAUGAGCUAAACUGCCCGGCCCGCUCCGGAUUUCGAUUUGGCGACACCCACCGCAUGCGCAACUGCAGCGAUCAUGAGUUUAUGUGCCAGCAGGACCGCACCUGCAUCCCGGAUGACUUCAUGUGCGACGGACGGCCGGACUGUGUGGACAAGUCGGACGAGGUGGCCGGGUGCACGCAGGCGGCGGCCACCUGCUCCUCCUCGGAGGGUCACCUCUGCGCCAACGGACGAUGCCUGCGGCGGAAGCAGUGGGUCUGCGAUGGCGUCGACGACUGCGGCGAUGGUAGCGACGAAAAAGGAUGCGCGAACCUGUGUCAGCCCCAGAUGGGCAAAUUCCUGUGCCGCAACCGCGAAUCCUGCCUGCUCCUUAGCGAAGUGUGCGACGGGCACAGCGACUGUUCCGACGGAAGCGAUGAGUCGGACAGCUGCCACUCCAAGCCGGACUGCGAGGUGAAGAAGUGUGCGCCGGGCGCCAAGUGCCACAUGAUGCCAUCCGGAGGAGCCGAGUGCCACUGUCCGGCGGGAUUCCGGCAGGCCAAGUUCGAGGACAGGUGCGAGGAUGUCGACGAAUGCCAGGAGCGAGAUGAUCUGUGCAGCCAGGGAUGCGAGAACACUUCGGGUGGAUAUCGAUGCGUCUGCGAUGCAGGCUAUCAGCUGGCCCGAGAUAAUCGCACCUGUCGCGCCAUCGUACACGGCUCGCCGGAUCAGCAACCGCUCCUGCUGUACACCACCCAGAUGACCGUGGUGGGAAUGCACUUGCGCGAGGACCAUGUGCGCAACCAUGUCUUCCAGUUGGCCGGCAAUCUGAGCAAGGUGAUUGGCGUGGCCUACGACGGCAGCCACAUCUACUGGACAAACAUCCAGAACGAGGCGGAGAGCAUCGUGAAGGCCAGCGGCGAUGGCUCGCAUGCGGAAAUCCUGCUGACCUCCGGCCUGGACGCACCCGAGGACCUGGCCGUGGACUGGCUGACGCAGAACAUCUACUUUUCGGACAACAUACUGCGGCACAUUGCGGUGUGCUCGAACGAUGGCCUCAACUGUGCCGUGCUGGUCACCCAGGAUGUGCACCAGCCGCGAUCCCUGGCCCUCUGGCCGCAGCGUGGUCUCAUGUUCUGGACGGAUUGGGGUGCCAAACCCAUGAUAGGUCGUGCCUCCAUGGACGGCACUCGAUCGCGCCCGAUUGUGAGCGACAAUAUCCACUGGCCUAACGGCAUUGCGUUGGAUAUGCACCAGCAGAGGAUUUACUGGGUGGAUGCCAAGCUGGGGAGCGUGCAAACGGUGCGACCCGACGGCACUGGCCGGCGUACGGUGCUGGACGGGAUGCUGAAGCAUCCCUACGGCCUGGCCAUAUUCGAGGAUCAGCUGUAUUGGUCGGACUGGGCCACAAAGAGUCUGCAUGCGUGCCACAAGUUCUCCGGCAAGGGUCACCGCGUCCUGGCCAAAGACCGCACCAUAUACGCCGUGCACAUCUAUCAUCCGGCCAAGCAGCCGGACACCGAGCAUGGCUGUGCCAAGGCCAGGUGCUCCCACCUGUGCCUCCUCGCCGAGCCGGAGGCUGGCGGCCAUAGUUGCGCCUGUCCGGAUGGUAUGCGACUGGCGCCGGAUCAGCAGCGCUGCACCCUGACCGAGAAGCGACAGCGAUUGUUUGUGGGCCUGGCACAGGUGCUGCUGGAGAUCGAGCACACCGCCUUUGGCCGCCACGUGGUGAGCAAGUCGCACACACUGCCCUGCGCCAUCAACGAAAUGGUGUACAAUCGCAUCAACGGCAGCCUCAUCAUAGCGGACAAUGACCAGCGACUGAUACUGGAGUACCAGCCGGAGCAGCAGGAGACCAGCGUCCUGGUGCGCUCCAAUCUGGGCAAUGUGAGUGCUCUGGCCUUCGACCAUCUCGGUCGCAAUCUGUACUGGGCGGACGUGGAGCGGGGCGUCAUCGAGCUGCUCUCGCUGCAGACGCGCCAUCGUGCCCUCAUCCGCUUCUUUCCGGGCCAGGAGUGGCCCAUUGGGCUGAGUGUCAUGCCGGCGGAGGGCUAUAUGUAUGUGGUGCUCAAGGCCAGGCGGCACACACACAUCGACAGGAUACCGCUGAGCGGCAAGGGCGAGCAGGUGCAUGUCUUUGAGGACGAUCUGGGCGAUGAUGACAUCAAGCUGGCGGCCGAUUACGAUACCCAUACGCUCUUCUGGUCGGACAGCGACCUGGGCAGGAUUAGCUACUCGGAUUAUAAGCAGCCGCAGGGCCAAACCUUCCGGGGUAAACUGAGGCGACCGUAUAGCCUGGCUCUGGUGCAGCAGGAUCUGUUCUGGAGCGAGUUGGGCUCACCGGGCGUCUACUGGACGCACAAGAGCAACAUGGGCCCACGCAAGCGGAUCGACAUUGAGGCCAAGGGUGAUCCGGGUGCCAUUCUGCCCUUUGUGCCCAUUGCCGCACCAGCUCGCAUUCCACUGGCGGCCAGUGCGCCGGUCAGCCGGGAAUCGCAUCCCUGCCAGCACCUGAAUGGCGGCUGCUCGCACAUCUGCGUGGGCGAGGGUCCCUUCCAUGCCGUCUGCCUGUGUCCGCCCGGCUUUGUGUACCGGGAUGCGGGCAAUCGCACCUGCCUGGAGGCCCUGGACUGCGAGUUCCGGUGUCGCAGCGGCGAGUGCCUGACGAUGGCCCACCGAUGCAACGGACGGCGCGACUGCGUCGACAACUCGGACGAGAUGGACUGCGACGAGGAGCACCGCCGCAAGCCGAAGGUCAUGUGCUCGCCCCGGCAGUUCCCCUGCCACAGCGGGGAUCAAUGCGUGGCCAAGGAGCGACGGUGCGACGAGCACAUGGACUGCCACGACCACUCGGAUGAGCAGCACUGCGAAUUGUUUGACAAGACGAAGAAGUGCCAUGUCCAUCAGCACGCCUGCGACAAUGGAAAGUGCGUGGACUCGGGCCUGGUGUGCGAUGGGACCAACGACUGCGGCGACAACUCCGACGAGGCCAUGUGCGAGGCGCCAUCGGGAUGCGAGCCGGGGAUGUUCCAGUGCAGCAGCGGAUCCUGCAUCGCGGCCAGCUGGGAGUGCGACGGCCGGAUCGACUGCAGCGAUGGGUCCGACGAGCACGACAAGUGUGGCCAUCGGAGCUGUCCGCCGGACAUGCACCGCUGCCUGUUGGGCCAGUGUCUGGACCGGAGUCUCGUCUGUGACGGCCACAACGACUGUGGCGACAAGUCGGACGAGUUGAACUGCGGACCGGGAUCGGGAACGGGAUCGGGAUCCACAACGGCGAAUAUAUCCUGCGGCGAGGAGCAGUACCAGUGCUCGAGCAAUCUGAAGAUCUGCUUGCCAUCGGCCGUCAGAUGCAACGGCACGGCCGAGUGUCCCCGUGGCGAGGAUGAGACCGACUGUGGCGAGAUUUGCAGCAUCUAUGAGUUCAAGUGCCGCUCCGGGGGGCAGUGCAUCCGGCGGGAGUUCCGCUGCGACGGCGAAAGGGACUGCUCCGAUGGCAGCGACGAGCUGAGCUGCGAGCAGGAGAAGGCCAAUCACAACCAGAGCCACACCCAGCCGUGGGGCACUUCGAGGCGGUCCUGCCGGCCCGAUCUCUACGAUUGCCACGACGGCGAGUGUGUGGACAUGUCGCGGGUGUGCAACAACUUUCCGGACUGUGCCAACGGACGCGACGAGGGCCCCCAGUGCACGACGGCCUGCCGAGCGACGAGUGGUCGCAAGGUGUGCCAGCACAAGUGCCGGGCCACACCGGCCGGUGGCGUGUGCUCCUGCUUCGAUGGCUACCGCCUGGACGCGGACCAGUCCAGUUGUUCGGACAUCGACGAGUGCCAGGAGCAGCAGCCAUGUGCCCAGCUGUGCGAGAACACGCUGGGUGGCUAUCAGUGCCAGUGCCAUGCGGACUUUAUGCUGCGCCAGGACAGGGUCAGUUGCAAGAGCCUCCGGUCCGGCGCCACACUGCUCUUCAGCAGCUUCAAUGAAGUACGCAACCUGAGCGAACAGCCCGUAAUGUUGUCCGUUGCCUGGUCGGCGAACGAUUCCCGUAUCGCCGGCUUCGAUGUGGAUAUGGAGCGGCAAAUGGCCUACUUUGCCUCCGACGAAGAGGGUGUCCUCUAUCAGUACGAUCUGCAGAAGAGGUACAUCGUGCGGGCCUUGGGCCUGGCCACACCGACAAAGGUCUCCCUGGAUUGGAUCACCGGCAAUGUGUAUGUGCUGAGUGCUGGCGGGCAGGAGAUCCAGGCCUGCAGCUUCGAGGCGCGCAUGUGCGGCCGGAUCGUGCACGUGAGGAGCCCCAAGCACCUGAAGCACCUGGCUGUGGAUGGUUACCAGGCCAGGAUCUUCUACAUAGCCAUACGUACGGAGGGCUUUGGCCACACCAGCUCGGAGAUUCACAUGGCCCGGCUGGAUGGCAGUCGCCGGGAUAUGCUGCUGCAGAGGAGUGAGAGCUACAUGACCGUGCUCACAACCGAUCCCCACCAGCAGCUGCUGUACUUUGUGGACCUGCACAAGCGCACCCUGGAGAGGAUUAGCUAUCGGUUCAAGUCGGCCAUGCAACGCAGACCGGAGAUAAUGCUGCAAAAGUCCAAUGCUCUUAUGCAUCCGUCGGGCUUGAGUGUGUACGAGAACGAUGCGUAUAUCGUCAACCUGGGCUCCAUCGAAGCGGUGCAGUGCGCCAUGUACGGAUCGAGGGCAUGCAAGAAGAUCAAUCUGAACGUGCUGAACGCCCAGGACAUUGUGGUGGCCGGCAGAUCCCGCCAGCCGCCGAAGGACUCGCAUCCCUGCCAGCAUGCCCACUGCCAUGGGCUGUGCCUGCAGGCGGACUACGGCUACGAGUGCAUGUGCGGCAAUAGCAUGGUGGCCGAGGGCGAAAGGUGUCCCCAUGGAUCCGGCAGCGAGGUGAUCGUGGGCACCGACCACGGCAACAGCCUGGAGCUGGAGCAACGGCUCCAGCAGUCCACCGGCAGCCACUGGCUGAUGGCGCUGCUCGUGUUGGCCGCUGGAUGUUUGGUCGCCGGACUGGGGUACAUGUACUAUCAGUACCGGCAGCGCGGCCACACGGAUCUCAACAUUAACCUGCAUUUCCAGAAUCCGCUGGCGACGCUCGGCGGCACCAAACACUUCUUGGAGCAAGAACGUGCCGAGGCCGGAGUUCAAUUCGCCCCGGGAUCGGAAUCGGGAACGGGAACGGGAACAGGCUCCAGCCGGGGCAGCAACGACACGUUCACCACCACCAGCGUAUCGUCAUCGUUCGUGCCGAAUGCGCUCCAGCGGCUGCUCCGGCCAGGACGGCAGUCGUCCAGCGAUCCAAUGGCUCAGGAAUUGCUUCUCGAGAGCCCCAGAGAGAGCAGCCUACAGCCGCUGGACGGAGGACGGCAGGGCAGUGGGCAGGUGCCAGACAUCCUGGUGGAAGACUUUGACGACGACAAUACCGCCGCACAAUUCGGCGGGGGAAGUUACGCAGGCAAUGAUGCGAAUGCACGAGCUGUGCCGUAAAUAAAGGGAAACCCCCCCAUCCGUAAAAGUUUUUCACCAAAUUGCAAUUGCUUAGUGUUGGACGGUCUUGUUAUCACUCUAUGUAUUUAUUAUUGUACUCAUAUGUUUAUCGGUGAUUGGUACUGCUUUAUUUAAGAUGAUUUAUACUUCAAAAUGUCUAAAUAAUAAUAAGAAAUUAAACAACUAAAA